UCAGCGUGACCUCAGAGUAGAGAUUUACAAAACUUUACCGAUCGAGUGGGAACUUCUCGAGAUUGAGAGGUUUGGGAAAAAUACACUGGUGUUAAUUUGAAAAGUGAAUGUCAUCUAACUGUGAAAACGAGAGCCUUUUCGGCUGAAUGAUAAAUUUGUGCGGGAUAAUUUCCUAGCCAUAAGGAGACAAUUUGUUAGAGACACUGCAGUCUUCGAUAAAGAUGGCCGAGAACGUACGAGUUGCCGUCAGAGUUCGACCAUUUAAUUCUCGCGAGAAAGCUCGCGCAGCAGUGUUAAUUAUCAAGAUGCAGGGUAACAGUACGUACAUCUCAGAUCCAGGAGCCCCAGUGGGGGACGAACCAAGGAAGUUUGCCUUUGAUUUUAGUUACUGGUCACAUGAUGGAUUCAAAGAACUUGAUGAUGGCUAUCUUGCAGCUGCAGAACCCCAUUAUGCAGACCAGAAACGCGUGUUUGAUGAUCUGGGACGAGGAGUGCUUGAAAAUGCAUGGAAUGGAUAUAACUGCUCGCUGUUUGCAUAUGGUCAGACUGGCUCAGGGAAAUCUUACUCCAUGGUUGGUUAUGGGCAGAACAAGGGUAUUGUCCCAAUAUUUUGUGAGACAUUGUUCAGUGAAGUGGAGCAAAAGAGGAGUGGAGGGUCAGAAACAGAAUACCAGGUUACAUUUAGCAUGCUUGAAAUCUACAAUGAAGCAGUCCGUGAUCUUUUGAAUCCGGCGAGUAACAAGAAAGGAGGACUAAAAGUGCGACAGCAUCCUUCCAAAGGGUUCUACGUCGAGAGUUUAGUUAGUGUCCCUGUUAAGGAUUACCCUGACAUUGAAAGUCGAAUUGAGGAAGGAACAAGAAACAGAACAGUGGCCGCUACUAAUAUGAAUGCUACGAGCAGCCGUGCCCACACAAUCGUUGCCAUAACCUUUAGUCAAAAAGGAGCAAAUGCAGCCGGACAAAUGAUGACUAAAACGUCCAUUGUGAAUCUGGUGGACCUUGCAGGAAGCGAGAGAGCAGAUUCCACCGGUGCCACAGGGGACAGGUUAAAAGAGGGAUCAGCGAUCAACAAAUCUCUUUCCACAUUGGGCAACUGUAUUAAAGCGCUUGCCGAUCAAGCAUCCGGGAAAAAAGGCGCACAAGUUCCUUUCCGUGAUUCUGUGCUCACCAAGCUACUAAAAAAUGCCUUGGGAGGCAACAGCAAGACAAUCAUGAUUGCAGCUCUAAGUCCGGCCGAUAUAAACUUUGAAGAAACGUUGUCUACUUUACGAUUUGCCGACCGUGCCAAGGCCAUUAAAACUAAAGCUGUUGUCAAUGAAAGUCCAACUGAAAAACUGAUUCGUGAAUUGCGUGAAGAAAACCAGAGACUCCUGGAGCAGUUAAAGCAGGGUGGCGGGGCAAUCAUAAUGCAAGGAGAACCCGGCCAACCACAGACGUCAGGAGUCUCAGAAGAAGAGGUGAAUGAAAUGAAAAAACAAAUGGAAGAGCAGCUCUUACAAAAUCAGCGGGAGAUGGAAGAAAUGAAGAAGUCUUGGCAGGAAAGAUUGGCCGAGCAAGAGGCAGCAAAUAAGGCCAAAGAGGAACAAGAAAAGAAAGAAAAAGAGCUUCGUAAAACUACUCCGCACUUCUGGAACCUUAACGAGGAUUCGCAACUUUCAGAAAAAAUUUUCCACUUUAUCAAACCAGGCGUACAGAGAAUUGGAAACAAAAAAGCUGAUCCCCAACCUGAAAUUAUAUUGAGCGGUUUGAGCAUUCUUACAGAGCACGCCUCAGUGACAUAUAAAGGAAACAAAAUCACAAUACUCGCCAAUGCCAAUGCUAAACUGAUGAUUAAUGGUGAAGCAGCGCAUGAAGAGAAAGAACUUCACCAUAAUGACAGAUUGUUGUUUGGCUCUGCAACUUUGUACGUGCUGCAUCAUCCUGUUGAAUUCGAGAAGAAAAAAAAACAGGGAAUCAAAAUAGAAGAAGUAACUUAUGACUUAGCACAGGAAGAAAUAGCAGCAAGUUCUGGCUUUAACAUGGGGAAGAACAGUGGCCAGACCAAAAAUGAACUGCUCUUACAGGAGGAUCUAGUACAGAUGGUUCCUAUGGUUAACGAGUCCAAUGCAAUGGCAGAAGAACUCAAAAAACCGGUUAAGUUUGAAAUUCUUUUAGUUUCACCUCAGGCGCGUGGUCUCAAGGAAGGAAGAACAGAGGUGAACGUGAAAAUGAAAAGCACCGUUGAUGAUGCGGAGUGGACCUGGGACAGAAACAAGUUCAUCAACAGAACGUACUUAAUGAAGGAGAUGUUCCAGAAUUAUUACGAUGGAGAGGAAGACUGGGAUUUGCCAGAGGAAAGCGAUCCAUUUUGGGAGCCUGAUGAUGCAGAAGUGUUUAUUGGCUCAGUUCAUGUGUAUCUUCAGAGUUUGGCCUAUCAGAUUGAAGUGGAAGAGAGCCUUGCGAUAACAGACCAUAAAGGAAACGAAAAGGGUAAACUUCAGAUUGGAAGAGCUCUCUAUUUUAAACUGAAAAUUCCACACGCGAGGGGCCUUCCAGCCAUAUUUGGGAAGGGCGAAACAUUUUGCAAAUACAAACUUUAUCUUGAUCACGAUUACGCUAAAACAAAGACUGUCUCUGGAACAAUAAACCCUUCUUACGACCAUGAGAAGAAAUUUACUUUUAAUCCUGUGACAAAACAGUUGAUAGAUUAUCUGUUGAAUUCUCCUCUUCUGAUCCAAGUCUGGGGAAAGCAGAGUGGAAGAAAGAUCAGUACUGUUGCAAACAGGAGAGUGUCGGUUGGACAAAGGGACAGUGGAUUGAAGAACAACGAGAUUGUGCGGAGGCAAGAAACCCAGAAUAUGAAACUAGAGUUGCAUAAAUCGAUGAAAAGAAACGAUAGAUCUGAAAAGAAAUUCAAAAAGAUGCGAGAAUUAGUGGAGGAUGCCAAGAAGAAAGGUGUCUCUACAGUUGAGGUCGCUGUACUUGAGGACAUUUUGAACGGUGGCGAAGGUAACAAGUUUAAAGCAACCGCUACUAUCGUCCUGCAAGCGCAGAAGUCAAUGAACAAUGAUGGAAAGGUCACAAGUUCGGCUUGUUCGAUCCAGUGAAAAGUUAAGUUAGAUCGAUAUUUAUUAGACUGUCACAGUAAUUUACGACUGCGUUGUAGACUCAGUGCACCUCCAUGUUUUAAAUUUUCUUUUCGUACCUUUUGAAUGCAAUUUUGUUCACCAAUCCACGACAUUGGCAACAAAAAGUGCAUUCAUUAGCCUUCAGUGUUACAAGUAUUACGGUGUUUUUUGUCGCAAUUACAAGUAGUGAUAGACAAUGUACAAUCCUUUAGCGUUUUUUAAUAGUCAAAAAGGACUCAGAGGUCAAGACGUGGAAAGAAGACGAACAGCGAGUAAGGAUGUUUAGAGAUUGAACAAGCAUGCGCCUUUUUUCACUUCUUCGUUUGCACAUAGAAUUGUCGCUUCCAGACUCAUUCGUUACUCACCCAUUUUCGUCUCUAUUUUCGUCUCAUUAUUGUCUGUAGUUCAGUUUUCAGGAACAUUUGUAGUGUUUCGACGUAAAUUAAUUCACCAUGUCAACUUAUUUGACAUUUUUUUGUCGUUGGAAAGAAAGCUACGCUAACUUAACGACGGUGAUAUGUAACCGCCAUAUAGUUUGUGUCUACUUGACAUUUUUUGUUGUUAAAAAGAAAGCUACGCUAAGUUAACGAUGGUGAUAUAUAACCGCUAUAUAGUUUGUGUCCACUCGACAUUUUUUGGUGUUGAAAAGAAAGCUACGCUAAGUUAACGAAGGUGGUAUGUAACCGCUAGAUAGUUUGUGUCCACUUGACAUUUUUUGUUGUUGAAAAGAAAGCUACGCUAAGUUAACGAUGGGGAUAUGUAACCGCCAUAUAGUUUCUGCCUACUUGACAUUUUUUUUGUUGAAAAGAAAGCUACGCUAAGUUAACGAUGGGGAUAUCUAACCGCCAUAUAGUUUCUGCCUACUUGACAUUUUUUUUGUUGAAAAGAAAGCUACGCUAAGUUAACGAUGGGGAUAUGUAGUCGCCAUAUAGUUUGUGUCUAGUGCUCAGUUCAUUGCAUGCGGGUUCGUGUAGUGUAAUGCUGUUUAUAAUGGGACUUAAAUCAAAGAAAACCAUGAAUACAGUUUCAAAAGUGAACACAGCCAAAUGUAAAGUGUGUCAAAAUCAAAUUAGACUCUGAGAUAUAUAACCACAGUCAGACUUUUAACUUUCCUUGUUAAUUCUAUGCUCAACACGCAUUUAUUCUUCUCCUGGAUCGCAGAGAGCAUUACUUACUACUGACAAUGUUUACCCAAUAAGGCUGUACUUCAAAGUAUUACAAGUCUUAUUUUAAGUAUAUUACGUAAGCACACACACCACAUAAUUUAAAUUAAAUGUUUCACCCUUCUCCUUGUUGCAUGUUAAGUCUGUUUCCACGAAUGUAAAUUUGCAAUAGUAAAUAAGAGAUGUAAUUUGUUGUGUCCCAAAAGUAAUCUAAAUAAGAUUGAACAUGACCUUUAUAAGAUUCACCGCACAAAUGCACGCUAUACAUGUACGUUUUAGUACAUUAUUAUGGCAUAUAUUCGAUGCGCGGUUCGCAUUCAAGGUUUGUCGUCGAAAUAAAGUAUUGACAACAAAUUUACAAUUGCAUGAUUUUGGCGGUUAUUGCUCUGGGAGAUUUUCCAGCUUAGACCCCUUAGUCCCAAGUUCUGAUUGUAAAUUCUCCACUCUAACCGUUACACAUUUUCUUAUACAUUGAUUAUGGGAAUUUGGUGUUACAUCAAGACAACGUCUACUUGAUAAGUUUGAGUAUUCUCAUUACCUGUAUGCUGAAUAGUGUAAGGAUUUCAUUGGGGGAAGUCACAUUUUAAUCACUUCCGGGAGUUUAAGGGUCAAAUUGUUUUGAAAGAAACAAAGAUGGAUGAUUUUUGAAUGACGCAGUCACUGGAUAAAACAGCGCCUUCAGCAUUGAUGGCAGGGGUGCAAGACUGGUGAAAAUAUUACCUUCGUUAGCGAACUUCUUGUAUUUCAGUAAAUAAAUUUCCUUGAACGGAAUUAAAAUUAAAUGUUUGUGGUUCGGAAA